UUAUUACAAGAACUUUAUUUGAGCUCACAACAUUGUAAAAUUGAUUGACGGUCAAAAAUUAAAAAUCAGGACCUUUAGUUUCUGAGCCUCGAAUAUUUAGUACCACUUGUACAGGGGUAUUAGUUUAAGCAUCUCACUUGAAUUGACGCGAAGCGGAAGCGGGAAACGACGUCACUUGUUAAUUGUUAAAUAUAGGACAUUUAAAAAUAUGUAUAAAUAAAAUAGUAAAUUUGCGAUUUGCCAGAAAUUUUAAAAAUAUCAACAUACAUUUAAAUUAUCAGAAGUAAGAUAGCAAACGUGUUGCGUACUAUACUUUUUUUUUGGGUAUAUUUUUGCAAAACAACGCGGAUACAUAGCCGCUGACAAAGCCGUCAGAAUUGCUUAAUGUCAAAAUUCAAGUUGUGUAUACUAUUUCCGUAAACAUCCGGUUGCUCCCAAACCCGUGUGGUAAUAUCCCGGAAAUGUCCGAAGUGGCUUGGAUCCGUGAGGCAAGAAACUUACUUGGUAAAGUGACGCUUUCCCCACCCUAGGUCGGGGUAUAGUUGGUAUUUAACAGAAGGGAGCAGAAAAAUCUGUGAAAACAUCCGAUUGCUCCCGAACUCGUGCGGAAUAUUCCGAAAAUGUCCUAGAUCUUUAUAUAAUUAGGUAUUUUACAGGCGGGAGUAGAAAAAUAAAUUUAGUUUACAUGUACCAUCUUUUUAUUUGUCCAGUAGACUAAAAACCACGUACACAUUUAAUUUACGUCGUUUAAGUUAAAUUAAAACAUUUGUCAGAGCUAAAUAUCAUGUUUUAUCUAAUGGCAGCAUCAAAAAGAUUUCUUUGCCAGCCUUUUCUAAGAAGGUCUUAGAACUUUAGUGUGUCAGUUUGCCAUAUAUCUUAGGUGGUAUGUAGGAUAUUCGUUUUUUUUUUAACUUUAUCAGACCACUGUAUUUUUUGAUACAACUACGAGGGAGUAUGUUUACAUUUAAACUAAAAUGACUUCGUAUGAGUAAGUGCGAAUGUGUAUGUGUCAAAACUCAAGGCGCGUUCAGUUCCAAGCGCGGCUCGAAGCGAAUCAGAUUGUUUCUGAUUUUUAGAGCAAGUGCGAAGGCCAAGACUAUUUCUACGUGAUUUUCGUGGCAGAAUAGUCGCUGAAAAAAAAAUGACAAAUUCUGGAUUAUCAAAGAAACACGAAGAUAUGAUGAGGGAAUUCAUAGAAUUAUAUAAAGACAACCGGUGCUUGUGGAAGUUAAAUUGAAGAGUAUUCCACUAAAAUAUGAAUAGAAGAGGCAUACACAAUUUUAGUUGAGAAGUUGAAAGAAGUUAACGAAGAUGCAGCAAAGGAACAUAUCCGUAUUUGACGAUAAAGUGUCGGCGCCCUGUACAGACGACUUAGAUGUUUGCUGUAAAGUAGAGUGUGGCAAAGGCAGUGGUAGUGCUUCAGUUUAUAUAGGGGAUAAGAUGUACUAUGCGAUAUCCGAACAAGCUACUAGUAGUCGAAUUAUGGGAGAAACUAGGAACGCGGAAUUUGCCGAGUUCCCAUGGAUGCUUGGAAUACUGAAAGGACGCACUUUCAAAUGCGGAGCGUCGCUGAUACACCCAAAGGUCGCAGUUACCGCGGCCCAUUGCGUUUCUUCAAAAGCCAUUUAUACGGUAAGGGCGGGCGAGUGGAAUUGGGAAGAGAAAACCGAACCCCUGGAGCACCAGGAUCGAGCUGUGGAUAAAGUUAUAUUUCAUUCGGACUUUCAACCGGAGUCGUUGCAAAACGACAUCGCUCUGUUGGUAAUGAAGUUGCCGUUUAAGCUAACGUCUAAUGUGGGCGUGGUUUGUAUUCCGACAAGAAAUUCGGACGUCGACAUGAGAAAAUGCGUCGCUACGGGUUGGGGUAAAAAUUCCUUCAAGAAAGGCACCUAUCAGCCUAUUUUGAAGAAAAUUGACCUACCGCUGAUCCAAAGGAACAAAUGCGAGUUUGCCCUUCGCCGUUCUAGGUUAGGACCCACGUUCGCGUUGCAUCGUAGCUUUAUGUGUGCCGGAGGCGAAAGAAAUCGGGACACUUGCAAGGGCGACGGAGGCAGUCCGCUCAUGUGUCCCUUAGUGGAUCAACCCGAUCGGUAUCAGCAGGUCGGCAUUGUGUCGUGGGGCCUCACAUGCGGCCUCGCGAACACUCCGGGGGUGUACGUGAACGUGGUCAUUUUCUCCGACUGGAUCGAUAAACAGAUGCGCGAUUUGGGCUUUGACACUCAACUUUACAGAUACUAAAAUGUCUAUCUGGUUUGCGUUUCUUGUCUCGAGUGAUGUUCAUCAUUUUGUUCGUGAUGUUUGAUAUUUUUUAGGCUAGUUGUGUAUUUAUUCAUGGGGAUUCGUAAAUAUCGGGAGUCGAAAUUAAAAAAUUAAAUU